AUGAGGGACCUUCAUAGGGAAAGGGAGCUAGCGGGGACUAAAAGACUGGCAGGAGAUCAAGUCACUGACUCAGAAAGGAGUGUUUCUGAGAAAGAAGUUUUCCAGGGAAUAAUAGUCUGCUGCUUGCGUGAUAGAAGUCUGGAUGCCAGCUCUCUGGAAAUCAAGUUCUUUGGCAUAGAUAAAUGUUCAGCGGGAGGAUUAGACUUGACUGAACAGACUCCUGUUUUAUUAGGGAGUAAAGCCAUGGCAGCUAGUUUCAUGGACGUGGCAUUUGGUGACCCAGCUAGUCCUUUAGUUAAUAGAUCUAGAAACUCGUCAGCGGAGGAUGAUGAUGAUGUUGUAUUUAUUGACUCUAUACAACCUCCUUCAGAUUCUGCUCCAAUAAUAGCUGAUCAAAGAAAUUUUAUAUUUGCUGCAUCAAGAAAUGAAAAGCUACAAGGAAAUUAUUCCAUAAUUCUUCCUUCCUCAAGAGGUUUGGCUUCUCAGAAGGGAAGUAUAAGUGAGACAAUUGUCAUUGAUGAUGAAGAGGACAUGGAAACAAAUGGAAAGGAAAAGACAAUUUCUUCUAGUUUUAUUGAAUGGGCACUUCCUGGAAGUAAAAACAGAACCAAAGAUUUGGAUUUCUCCACUUCCAGUCUUUCAAGAAGUAAGACCAAGACUGCAGUAGGACCUUUUAAUCCUGGUAGAAUGAAUGUGGCAGGAGACGUAUUUCAGAACGGAGGAUUUACAGCUCAUCACAAUCCUGAUUCUUGGAUCUCCCAGUCAGCAUCCUAUCCCCGUAAUCAGAAACAGCCAGGGGUGGAUUCUUUAUCACCAGUGGACUCACUUCCUAAACAGAUCUUCCAGCCUUCUGCCCAACAGCAACCCACUAAACCAGCUAAAAUCACUUGUGCAAACUGCAAAAAGCCUUUACAGAAGGGACAGACAGCUUAUCAGCGAAAAGGAUCAGCUCACCUCUUCUGUUCUACCACCUGCCUCUCUUCCUUCUCUCACAAGCCUGCUCCAAAGAAACGCAAGGUGACAUGUAAAAAAGGUGCACCUGCAAAAAAGGCUACUCUUGUUCUUCAAGGGGAGUCAAGUGAAUCCUUCCAAAAAUUUUGUGGUACGUCUUUGUCUCCCUAUGAAGAUAACCAGAUUCUUCGAAAAAGAGUUCUGAAUAAAUCAAGAUGUACAAUCUGCAGUAAACUAACAGAGAUUCGGCAUGAAGUCAGCGUUAACAGUGUAACACAUAAGCUGUGCAGUAACCAGUGCUUUAACAAGUACAGGUUGGCCAAUGGUCUAGUGAUGAAUUGCUGUGAGCAGUGUGGGGAGUACCUGCCCAGCAAAGGUGCUGGAAACAAUCUCCUAGUCAUUGAAGGUCAGCAGAUGAGAUUUUGCUGCCAAAGUUGUGUUAACGAAUAUAAACAGAUGAUGGAAACAAACUCAAAAAAAGUGCUAGCAUCAGAAAAUAGAAAAAGGAAUGCUGUUAGAGAAGAAAAUGAAAGAGAAUUGUAUGGGUCAUUGAAUAUACUUCUGGAAAAAAUAGAAAGAAUACCAGUGAAAAAGGAAAAGACUUCAGAACGACAAGUUUCAGCAGAAUGUAGCCAAGAUACACCAUUGGCCCAACAGGAUGUGAAUUUACCUCCUUCUGUGUCAACCAUAGCUGAUAAAUUUCAAGAGCAGCUGGAAGAGAAACGAUCAGAAGACUCCAAUAUACCAGCUGCGCUCUCUGCAGAUCCAGGUACAUGGCCCCGAAUUUUGAGUAUUAAAGAAAGGGACACUCUAGUUGAAAAUGAUCCACCUCAAGUGAGAAAUUUUAACUUUCCAAAGGACAGUACAGGGAGGAAGUUUUCAGAAACUUACUAUACGAGAAUUCUUCCAAACGGUGAAAAAACCACUAGAUCCUGGUUACUUUAUUCAACCUCGAAAGAUUCUGUGUUUUGUCUAUAUUGCAAACUCUUUGGGGAAGGAAAAAAUCAACUAAAGAAUGAGAAUGGGUGCAAAGAUUGGCAGCAUUUAUCACAUAUUCUUAGCAAACAUGAGGAGAGUGAAAUGCACAUCAACAAUAGUGUUAAAUAUUCAAAAUUAAAAUCUGAUUUGAAGAAAAGUAAAACUGUGGAACACAGAUUACAGGAGAACGUGGGAAAGGAGGGCGUGAAGCUGUUGUACACCUUAGACCUGAUCUGA